CAAAUUUGAAACCCAUAAACCUGUCUAUUUUUUUCUUCCCACAAAGGCAAUAAACAUUACAAGUCUGUCGGAUUUCUUCAUCAACACCUUCCUUUGGUCCUUCGUUACCGCCGUUGAGUCCGUCGCUAUCCUCUCCAUGCUCUGUUUCUUCUUUCUCUUCUGUGGCUGCACAAUUUAAAUUUUGAACUCUAUUGUAACAAAGGCCUUUUUCCAAUUUAGUAUUAGAUCUAGAAUUUUUCCUUCUCGAAUGGAAAAGGGCGGAGGUUUCAGUCGAUUAGAUCUUGAAACCAAUGAGGGAAAGAGGUGGCGGCGGUAGCGGGGAAGAUUGGGAGAAAUGGUGAAAUUGGUGGCUAUUUGGUUGUUGAGGCGGAGCCGAUUUGGUGAAAUAUUGACUCGAUGUAAUAAUCUUUUAGUAUUAGGGAUGUUACGGUUAUUUUGAUUGUUUUUUAUUUGACUUUUUAAAACUGGAUUAUUUUUAUGAGACAAGAUUAUUUAUCAAAUUGGAUCAUUUUUUGGGACGAAGGGAGUAUUCUAUAUCGUUCCUUCCUGCCUUCCUGGGGAUAAAUAAUUCUCAUGUCGAAAAGAGAAAAAAUCGAAGCUGCAAAAAUGGAGCCAACGAUAUGGAGCAAGAUUCCGGAAGAACUCUUGAUCGAAAUCCUGAUUAGGGUUCCGAUCAAAUUUCUGGUGAGGCUCACCCAACUUUCCAAAUCCUGGUACGCUCUCAUCACCAGCCACGGUUUCAUCUUCACUCACGUUUCCAAACUUCAAGCUGACGGCUCCGAUCGAUCCAGCCGGUGGCUCCUCCGGUUCGGUGCUAAAUGUGUUGGAACUUACCUCUUGUGCUCAGACGAUUACUUCGACCUUAAAAGUUCAGAUAUGUUGCAUCCUUACCCAACCUUUGAUGGGUAUUACAGUGCUGAUGCCGAGGACGAUUUCCCUGCGAAAAUUGAGGUUCCGCUCACGCGCCCUCAUCACGAUUACCGCAUUGUUGGCAGCUGUAAUGGGUUGCACUGUUUUAGUAAUAAUCAGUUCGGGGAGAGUGCUAAACCCAUUGUCGUUUGGAACCCUUCAAUUGAAAAGUCUGUGGAGUUACCGUUGCCCAGUAUUCAUCCCGAUUCAGACCGAUCCUUGGUUGGUUUUGGGUGUGAUUUGCUGGGAUUGGAUUAUAAAGUGGUCAGAAUUGUGAUCCCAGAAGAGGGCAAUGUGGCUCCUGCGCAAACAGAGGUGUAUUCCCUCGUUUCCAAAGGUUGGAAGGUUGUGGCCUCUGUUCCUAAUUGUCAAGUGAUUAAGACUUACUCACCGGUGCUCGUGAAUGGGGUUUUGCAUUGGCUUACUCAUGAGGAAGACCGUGGGAGUAUGUUUUUGGGGUUCAAUUUGAAGUAUGAAACUUUUAGUGAGAUAUCUCUACCAGAAGAUUUAGCUGGCCAACCUACUGAAUCUCUGCGGCCUUUCGUUAAAGGGGAUCGACUUGCUGUGAUGAAGUACGAUAAAGUUCAGGAGUUUGGUAGCAUUUGGGUGAUGAAAGAAUAUGGAAAUGUGUAUUCUUGGGAAAUGUUGCAUGAAUUUGGGAUGGCAGAGGGGAUUGAUGGAGUGAUUGGGUUUGCAAAGAAUGGUCAUUGCCUGGCGACAAUGGGUAAUGGGCUGGCUUCAUUUGAUCCUCAGAAUAGUAGAAAAGUUAAGAUUUACAGGAUUGGCGGCACCGAAAACUCACUCCAAGCAGUACAUUUCGUGGAAAGCCUAGUCUUACUUGAAGGACGAUGCAGAUUUUAAUUAGUUUGUCUCUUUUGUCAUUUUGUAAUCGGGUUGCUACGCUUUAAUAAUCUUUUCCUCAGGGCUCUGGUUCUUAGUUUAAUCCAUGCAACUUGAAAUUCUCCUUCUGACCACACGUGCAAUGGUCAAAAUGGAAAUCUGGUGACAAUUUUGUCUAUAUAUAUAUAUAUAAUUUGAUUUGCUUAUCUGGUGUGAUUUUUCCUCACCUUCAAUUAUCAAAAUUCUGAUUAACUAUUCCUC